UACCGUGGUCUGCGGCAGUAGCGUCUCGUGCACAAGCCAAAAGAGAAAUGGCUUGCUCGUGCAACGCGCACUUUGACCUCCACCGGCCGCCGCCACGACGAAGAUGGUACUAGUGCAAGUGUGCAACGAGUAAGGCAGUAAGCUAGCCACACACGACACACCCUGCUUUUUCCUUCGUCCAUGCCCUGCCUCCUAAGCAAGGAAGCGUCCUGAUCCGCAUCCGUUCUCCUCGAUCGCGUACGUCCACCAUGAGGCUCCACAACAGCAGCCCGUUUUCUCCGAGGGUCUCAGUCGCCAUUGCCACGCCGAUCAUCGUCCUGCUGGCCCUUGCGGUCAUCUCGCUCUACGACAUGAACUUCUCCGAUAGUUACCGGUUCAUACGCCGCGCCUCCUCAUCUUCGACGUCUCCGCCGGCCGCCUCCUCCUCAUCUUCGACGUCUCCACCGGCCGCCUCCUCCUCAUCUUCGACGUCUCCGCCGGCUGCCUCCUCCUCGUAUUCGACGUCUCCAGCCACCGCCGUUGAGACCUGUGACGUCACGCGGGGCCAAUGGGUGCCAGACGCCGAGGCGCCGUACUACACGAACCUGACGUGCCCGUUCAUCGACGACCUCCAGAACUGCAUGAGGUUCGGCAAGCCGAGCCUCGAGUUCCUGCGGUGGAGGUGGAGGCCGGACGGGUGCGACCUCCCCCGCUUCGACGCGGCGCGGUUCUUGGAGGCCAUGAGAGGCAAGUCCAUGGCCUUCGUCGGGGACUCCCUCUCCAGGAAUCACUUCAAGUCUUUGCUCUGCAUCCUGUCCAAGGUGGCGCUGCCGGAGGAGGUCGGGACGGCGCCGGAGAUCGAUGUGACGGGGAGGGCCGUCCGGCGAGACUACCACUACGUCGAGCACGACUUCACCGUAUCCCUCUUCUGGUCGCCGUUCUUGGUCAAGGCCAACCUGUCAAACGCGACGCUCGGCCUGGGCCUGUGGGACAUCCACCUCGACACGCCAGACGCCCGGUGGGCGGCGCACAUCGCCGACUUCGACUACAUCGUCCUCUCGAGCACCAACUGGUUCUUUCGCCCGUCCGUGUACUACAAGAGCGGCCGCGCCGUCGGGCGCAACAGCGGUGGCAGCGGCGUACACAACGUGACCGAGCUGCCCGUGCCCCGCGCCGUGCGCGCCGCGUUCCGCACGGCGCUCGGCGCCAUCGCCGCGCGCGAGGGAUUCCGAGGAAAGGCCGUUGUCCGGACGUUGACGCCCGCGCACUUCGAGAACGGGGAGUGGAACACCGGAGGCGACUGCGUCCGCACGCGCCCGUUCCGGCGCGGCGAGCGCUCCCUGGGCGCCAUCGAGGCCGAGUUCCGCGCCGCGCAGGUUGAUGCGCUCAGGGAGACGGAGGCGGCGGCGCGGCAGAACGGCGCGGAGCUGCUGCUGUUGGACAUCACGGAGGCGAUGGCCCUUCGGCCGGACGGGCACCCGAGUCGGUACGGACACCUGCCGGGCGGCAGCGUGGAGGGGAGCUUCGUGGUGGACUGUCUGCACUGGUGCUUGCCGGGGCCGAUCGACUUGUGGAGCGAGCUGCUGUUCCAGAUGCUGGCUGCUCAUCAUUAGAAUUGCUCGUGCCAAUAUUGAGUGAGUGGUGCAAAUGCUUCGAACUAAAAAGGCCUGAUUUCUUUUGUAAAUUGAAUUUUUUUUUUGCCAUUGUUCGAGGCAAAGUAAGACCACAUUGUUGAACCAUGCCAAAUUGCCAAUCGUACCGUGGUCUGCGGCAGUUGGGUUUUUGCAAAAGAAAUUAAGAAAUAGCUUCGUCGUGCAACGC